AUGUUGAACCGCCAUUUCUUGUGUUCGAAGCAGAAGGCUCUAGGCCUUCGGAGACGCUUCUUAGCAUCAGCUUCAAAGUACGCCAUAGGAGAAAAUGUGCACGGAUUCACAAUCAACAACGUCCAAUCCAUUCCUGAAUUCUCAUUGACUGCUGUCCAUUUGAAGCAUUCUGCCACAGGGUCAGAACAUCUCCAUCUCGACUCCAAAAACGACACCAACAACGUCUUCCUGAUUGCCUUCAAAACAAACCCUCCCGAUGCCACCGGAGUGCCUCACAUUUUGGAACACACCACGUUGUGUGGGUCCACCAAGUACCCUGUUAGAGAUCCGUUCUUCAAGAUGACCAACCGGUCGUUGAGCAACUUUAUGAACGCCAUGACUGGCCACGACUACACCUACUACCCGUUCGCCACCACCAACGCCAAAGAUUUCGAAAACUUGAUGGAUGUAUACUUGUCGUCGGUGUUUCAGCCAUUAUUGACCUACAACGACUUUACUCAGGAGGGCUGGAGACUCGAAAACUCGACCACUGACGACCCUUCCAGUGACAUCACCUUCAAGGGUGUUGUGUACAACGAAAUGAAGGGCCAGAACUCCAAUUCUGCCUACUACUUCUACAUUCGCUAUUUGGAAUCGAUCUACCCAACCUUGAACAACUCAGGCGGAAACCCCGAAAGCAUUGUUGAUUUGAAGUACGAACAGUUGCGUGAGUUCCAUCAUAGAAACUACCAGCCUUCCAACUCCAAAACCUUCACCUAUGGCUCUAUUCCAUUGGAAAACCACUUAGAGAGAUUGGGCCAGUAUCUCGAUGAAUUUAAGGUCAGCAAGGAGUUUUCGCCCAACAGUGACAUCAAGUUGCCCGCAUUUUCCACUCCUGGUUACACCAAAGAGGUGUCGGUCCCUGGACCUAUCGAUACCAUGUCUCCUAGACCCGUUGCAUCUCAAUACAAAUCAUCUAUCACGUGGAAUUUGGGCAACCCCCUCGACGAAGCCAACCACUAUGAUGUGUUCAAGUGGAAAAUUUUGAGCUCUUUACUUUGCGACGGCCAUUCUUCUCCAUUCUACCAGGAAUUGGUUGAAAGCGAGUUGGGUGAGGAUUUUGCACCAAACUCGGGUUUUGAUACCACCACUGCAUUAGCUUCGUUCACGCUAGGAUUAACCAAUUGUUCUAUUGAAACAGUCAACACCUUGGAGGAGAAAAUUCUUGAUAUUUUCAAGACUAAGGUCCUUCCCGAGUUGUCUGAUUCAUCGUCGUUCGCUGAACGUGUUGAGGCCAUUCUCCACCAAAUAGAGUUGAAUUUGAAAAAGCAUAAGCCAGAUUUCGGAUUGGGGCUUUUGCAUUCUAUCAUUCCAAGCUGGAUCAAUAAUGUGGAUCCUAUCAAGUUACUCGAGGUUGAAACUGUUUUAACUCAGUUUAAGAAUGACUACAAGGAGAAUGGAAUGGAGAUUUUCAGAGAACUCUUGGACAAAUCCGUUUUCAACGAAAAUGUUGGCAAGUUCAAGUUUACUAUGGUUCCUGACGAACAGUUCCAAGACCGUUUGGCCGAAGUAGAACAGGCCAAACUCAAGGCGAAGGUAGAGCGCUUGUCCAAGGAAGACCGUGAGGAAAUCUUCCAGCAGGGGUUGGUGCUUGCUAAGCAGCAACUGGAAGAGCAAGAUGGUAGUGUGUUACCUACCUUGACCAUGGAAGACAUUGCAAAGGAAGGUGAUUUCCAUCCUUUGGUUUUUGGUGAGGUCAAUGGCAAAAAGGUGCAGCAAAGAAUUGUGGAUACCAAUGGUCUCGUCUACGUUUCCGCACUCAAGGACGUCUCUUACUUGCCCACUAAGUACUACCAGUAUCUUUCACUUUUCAGCUCAUGCCUCACCAAUUUGGCAGGAACUUCUGAAACAUCGAUCACCGAGUUGGAAACCAAAAUCCAAAAGUUAACUGGAGGUAUUUCUUUCAACUUCCGCGCCUCUCCCAAUCCGUUUGAUAUCAGCCAAACCAAGCUCCAAUUCAGCUUGUCGGGGAUGUCGCUCAAGGAGAACUCAUCUAACAUCUACAGCUUGUGGAAUGAGAUUUUGACUCAGACUAAACUCGAUGCGAACGACAGUGCUGUAGUCGACAAAUUAUACCAAUUGAUUAAGAACUUGGGACAAAACCAGCUCAACAUGAUUGCUGACCGGGGCCACUCCUACUCGGGAGGUUACAGCAGCUCCAAGUUGACAGCUACCAAGCACGUUAGCGACAUCAUUGGUGGUAUGAGCCAAGUGAAGUUUGUCACUGAAAUGAAUGCCAACUUGGAGAAGAACGGUAAGGACUACUUGGUGAAAGAAGUGUUGCCUGUUCUCCAGGAGAUUAAACAAUUGAUCCUCGAUGGUACCCAUCAACAAUUUAAGUAUCGGUUGGUAGGUGACAAAGCCAUUAUUGAAGAGAAUGAGAAGCUCUUACAGAAGUUUGAUGAAUCAAUCAGCAAGCAUAAGGGAGCAGUUAUCAAGGGCGAUGGAUUGGAUGCAUUGGUCAAGAAAUUCAACUCAAAUCAGCUUGGAAUCAACCAUGACUACACCUUGAUUAACUUGCCAUACCAGGUAGGGUACGCUUCUCUUGCCAAGUUGGGUUCCAACUAUGCCCAUAAGGAUGGUGCCAGUUUGCAAGUGCUAUCACAAUUGAUGACUUUCAAGCACUUGCACUCGGUGAUUAGAGAAUCGAACGGUGCUUACGGGGGAGGAUUGCUUUAUGAUGGAUUGGGAGGUAUUUUGAAUUUCUACUCUUACAGAGAUCCGAACCCAGUCAAAUCCAUUGAAUCCUUUAAGGAAUCGUUUGAUUAUGGAAAGCAAGCAGAAUGGGAUGCCGAUGACUUGCAGCAGGCCAAGCUUAGAAUUUUUCAAAGCAUAGAUGCUCCUACAAACAUUUCCAGCCAGGGUUCGACCGAGUUCUUCGAUGGCAUUACUGAUGAAAUGAGACAGGAGAGAAGAGAGAACUUUUUGAGUGUCAACAACAACGAUUUGGUGAAUGUGGUUGACAAGUACUUGCUUGGCAAUGACAAAGACCUGGUGACGGUUAUUGGAGACAACAAGUUGUUGAAGGUGGACGAAAAGUGGACUGUCACGGAAUUGGCUACCAGCUGA